GCAAGUGGUACGGAAAUGACGUUCCUACAAUUUUCAAAUCUUCGAGCGCUUUUCAAUGGUUUUAUCAUUGAGUAAAAUAUACGCAGGUGUGUGACCUGAUGGCAGUGCUGCAGAAAUGAAGAGAGCGGCCAAUAAAUACGAAUUCAAAGAGACAUCCAUACCGUCAGACUUCAAUUUCGUUCCAGCUAUUUCUAAGCCUCACAAUAAGAACGUACCAAGAAAUCAUUUUGUAGCCAAAAUGCAUAAAGGAGCUUCCACCAGACAUGGACAGCAGCAGUCAGAACUGAAGGGCCAGAAUAAACUUUUAGGGGAAGCCAAUGAGGAACUGCAGAAAAAAAUUACAGAAACACAGCAAAAAGUUGCCCAGCUGGAGCAACAAUACAGUGACCUCCAGGGAACCAAUGCAGACAUCCAGAAACAUCUGAAGGACUGCCAUGCGCUACUAGUCGCUGGAAAUAUUGAUCCAGGAGAGGGAAUUGGAGAAACUGCACUGCAAAAUGAGGAUCAACAGCGAGAGGUGGUGAAUGUAUCCCGAGAUCUGUUAAGUGAACUGCGGACAUUUGGUGACAUGGCAACAGAACAAAGUGCACAACUAACAGAAGUUCAAAAGACCAUGAAGGAUCUCACGGAGGCUCGGGAGCAUCUCGUGCAGGAGAGGGAGAAUUUCUCCUUGGAAGUUGAAGAAAUGGAGAAGGCUGUUGAGGAUGCAGAGCAGCUUUUAUUGGAGUAGAAACUGUGUGCGCUUGCUUUUAUUGCUUUUAAUGUAAAUGUAAUUAUAAAAUGUUUUGUAUAUUUCACCUAACUUAAGUUAAAUUGUUAAUACUUGCAAACAGUU